AUGCGCUGUGCAUUGGGGUUAUGCAAGGGCCAGGAAUCAAAGUCAAGCCUGCUGUACAACACGUAUCCUCCACCAGUCUCCCAGGCAAUCUUGCCUUCCUCGGCACCGAAGGCGGGGUUCUUGCUCCUAUCGGCCUUCUGCAAGUCCUUUAUCGUUUCAUUCAGUGUUGUAUCCGGUUUUCCACCUGAGCUGCUGUCGACCGGUCCCCUCAUCUCCGCCCACUUCGAUCAAAAUCCACCUCGUAUAAUGUCUACAAUGGACCAGAUAUACGGGCUCGAGGAUGUUCACCUGCAUGGCAAUGCUCGCGGUGGAGACAGGUAUCAUCGCGAUUGGCUUGAAGCUGUGGGGCACGCGAGACACCACAACCCUCACCUCCCGACUCACGAGCAGACGAUGUACGCUACCCUCGACUUCUUUGGUGCUGUCAACCCUCCUCACAUUGUUGUUCGUCCCUCCAAUGUGAAGGCGACUCUCAUCGACCUUCGCCUCGUGGACUUCAAGGCGUGGUCCCAGGAAUGCGGCAUGCCACCCCCAACGGGCCAAGACAUGUUCGACGAUCUUCUCCAAUUGCCCCCUGAGGAGAACGACCCGGAUCAGCGCCCAGUGCUCCUCGCCAAGGCCCUUAUCGACAAGAUCGAGAAGCGACGCCGGAAGAUCGACUAUAAUGCGGACCAGGCCACCCUGCUCAUCCACGGCUUUUGGGCCUGGUAUCACGACCUUCAAGACAUUCCAGAGCAACUCAACCUAAUCCCUGUUGUCUUCGCUGGUCUCAAUCUCCACUACCACACAUCUGGCCCCAAGGACGGAGUGCUUCGCUACAUUCUCGAACUCUGCCUCCACUACGACGCUGCGCGCACCAUUAUCUUCCCACCUUGUGUGGCAUCGACAAAGGCCAAGAUUCCCUUCUCAUUCUACAGCUACACUUUCUCCGCAAGCCGCGGCUUCCGGUCGCGUUGCACCAACCACACGUCCAAGUCUCUCAAGUCCAAGGCUCUAAAGUCCAAGUCUCUCAAGUCCAAGUCUCUCAAGUUCAAGUCUCCCAAGUCCAGGUCUCUCAAGUUCAAGUCUCUCAAGUCCAAGUCUCUCGAUGGGAGUGGCAGAUUUCGUAUGCAUUCGUACCUCAUCUGGUUGCCUUACAUCUACGAGGUGAGUUUCGCAUCAUCAUCGUUGACUGGGUCAGCCAAGGUUUCGGACAACUUAUUCACAAUAUGGCUCGCACUCGAGCUCAAGCACCUCGCUUCACUGGGGCAUUCUAGCACCCGCAGGUCAGAGCAUGACCUGCUCAACACGUGGAACAACUACAAGGACCUGGGACGCGUUGAGCACCCACGCAAUUUCCGCGAACCAGACUUUGAGAGCGGCUGCCAGCAGAUCGCUGGCAAGGUCGAAGAGCUUAUGAAGUUCUUCGACAUUGGUGCCGACGAGGUGCUGUGGAUGGCCCGCUUCGCCAUCUCCCCAGAGCCGGAGGCUCUGCUGAAGGUCUGGAGGCGCGACGGCCUCGACGAGCGCAUCGUGGUCAGGGGCGCAGCGACCAUCGUCCGCUGGGUGAUGGCCGCCGAGCUCGGCUACUUUGCCGACCGGCCCGCGUGGAACGGCCGGCCGACCGGGGCCACGAUGCGCCAGGAGCUGCAGUCUAGGACUGCCAGCUCCGACAUGCACGACAGCUGGUUCGCCGUACCCCAAAACCUCAAGGACCUCAAGCAGGGUCAGGGCCAGCUGCCCUACAACCCUGUGGAGGCCCGCAUUUACUUUGCCCGUGCCUUGGUCCGUCGCGACGAGGACCACGUCUUGACGGUCAAGGCCUUCGAGGACGCCUGCGAGGCGCAAGGCGUCACGUUCGACGAGGGAGCCAGCUUGAUUGGCCUUGCUCCCUUCGAGUGGGCCAACCACAACCAGCUCACCGUCGGGUCCCGUCUCGUGAUCCACGGCCUCGCCUGGCUUCGUGCCCGUGGCCGUGGCCAGGGGUCGAUGUACACGACUUAUGCCAAGUUUGUGUUUUGCGUCGAGCGCAACGCGGGUUGCGAACACAUGACGCCAGAUGAGACCGAGCGUCUCGAAAAGCUGGCUCUGGAAGACCCGGUCAUCGAGCCCAGGGAGAUCCGCCAGGCCUUCCCGAACCACCCCACGGCAAGGACCUGGGAGUACAUGCGCCGUCUGAGGUAUGAGAGCCCCACAGCGAAAGGGGCUCAUACAAGGGGCUCCAGGUCGCGAUCUUUGGCGUACCAGGAGUGCGUGGAGCGCAUCCUUCGACGCCGCUUCACCAUUAUGGGCCUUCUGGAGGAGGUCGUCGACGUGACUCGGGCUACCCAGAAGGCACGCCUGAGUUUCGACGUUUCCUACGUCAAGAAGGCCGACGAGAGGCGACCAAGGUACUCCUUCGACUCCAAAGCGCAGUCGGAGAAGGCGCUGAAGUUUGGAGGUGCCUUCCACAAGGCGUACUCGAACUGCGGCGCUGUGCCGCCAUACCUCCUCGCCACGACGGAGGAGUUCGACGGGAUCGUCCAGGGCCCUGCCAACCUGGACUUUUCCAUGGCGAUGAUCGCGGCUUUUGCGUGGUUCGGCGAGCACUACUGCGCCGAGGAGUCCAGGGCGGAGCAGAGCUCCUCGCCCAUGCGUUUCAUCUUGCCCUUCGGGGUGCUCCAGGGCGACCGCGACACCCCGGUGUCGUCACGACUCCUCGUCCCUCUGUGGAUGGAGGAGGCUGUGGUCGACAUGUUCGCGAAGAAGCUGGCUGAGAAGGGCCAGGAGCUGGAGGGGCUCACAGACCGCCAGAAAGUCGAGCGGUUGAACCCCGUCCUCGUCCCCAUAGACGAGGCCAGCUGUACACGGUGGAGGUGA